AUGUUUUCCGAUCUAUCGGCACGUCACAGCGGUGAUUAUACUUGCCGAGUUUCAAAUCACGCCGCCACCGUCAAUUACACUGCAACGCUCAGCGUGAAAGUGGCGCCCACGUGGAUGAAGGAACCUCUCGAUACGGCGGUACUCCUAGGAGCUCCUUUGAACGUGGAAUGUGCAGCCAAAGGAUACCCCCCACCCACUGUAACGUGGUAUAGAAAAAUCGGUGAGGGCAUGUCAUUAUCACCGGAGAGCUCGGAACAAUGGCAAUUAUUAGAAAAUAUGAUAUGGGAUGACAAGAGUAGAAGUGGAACACACACCGUCCGCGCACAGAAUGGAACGUUAUCGGCUCCAGCCACUGCUAGAAACCACCAAGGGAUAUACCGUUGCUCGUCUGAUAAUGGAGUGGGUCCACCACUAGUGAAGCACAUCAACCUUACAGUGCACGAACCAGCGCACUUUGAAGGGUCCGGAGGCAACGUUUCGAGCGUCCGGGGGCAGAGCGCCUCACUGGCAUGCCACGCUCUCGGUGACGCCCCUCUCACCGUACACUGGACCCACAUGGGGGUGAGAUUGGAUCUCAACUCUUAUAGGUGGACGGUGUCAGAAGUGCGAACUGUGGACGGACUUCGAUCGGUGCUGCAGCUGCGCGCCGCUGAACGAGCCGACGCCGGAGAAUAUCGCUGUCAUGCUCACAAUCAAUUCGGAAGAAGCGAGGUCCUCAUGUAUCUCCACAUAGAAGAACCUCCAGAAGCACCGAAAGCGAUAAGACUGGGGGGUGUAGGGUCACGCUGGGUUCGCCUCGUUUGGCGCUCGACACCCAGAGCCGGCGUGUACUUCACUGCCACAUUCACUGCGCUGCUCGCUCUGCCCGGAGCGAACUCCGAGCAUACGACCGCCAACCUCACUUUGGAUUCUUCGAAUGAUGACAGGUUUAUGGAGCUACAGUCUUAG